CGACUUCUCCUUUAUCUGCUGCAACGUGGGUGGAGGUCUCCUUGCAAGAACGGGUUGGAUUCUUGGCAAUUACUGAGUUUGGAAUCAGAAUCAAGUGGCAUCAAAACAGAUGGAUGAAUUGAUCCAAGAAGAUGGGUUAGACGGGCCGGAAGUUGUGAGACAUCGGUGCGUUGGUUUUGUAAAAUGGCCCAGGCUGGUUUUGGUCCGGGUCGAAAUGAAGGGGCCAAGUGUCUUAGGUCGGGGUUCUAGAAACUAGCCCAGAAGGAGUAAAAAGACCCUUUGGGCAACUCACAAAUGGCAAGCGUGGCAAUUUCGUGACCACAUUUCUCCAGGAGGCGCCAAUGCUAACUGUAACAAACCAAGUAACGAACCAAACCAACAAGUUCCAGUGGCUGUGUUGCCAUGGCUUCCAUGGCACAAUUUUGUUACAUUCUUGGACCCUCAAACCUUAGGCAAAAGUACAGCAGUUCCAGAUUUUGCUUCGAAAAUCCCAUUUAUAGAAAGAAUGCUCUCUCCUCUAUCAAUUUAAAAUUUCAUGCAAAACCAUCAUCGGUCUCCUCUUCCAUCGUUUGUUCUGCUGCUAAUAAGCCCUCUUCCUCCUCGGAAGUUAGUUCUGCAACCAAGAUAAGGAGUGAAGUUCUAUCUCCCUUUCGGUCUGUUCGGAUGUUCUUUUACCUUGCGUUCAUCGCAAGUGGUGCCUUGGGAGGAUUAAUAGCCUUUACACAGUUAAUUGCUGCCCUAACCAAUCCUGAAAGAUCGUCUGAAGUCCCUGACCUUUUAACAAGUCUUGGCAUAGACGUUGCUGCAGUGUCUAUCUUUGCAUUUCUGUAUUUCAGGGAGAACACUGCUAAGAACGCACAAAUAGCCAGACUCUCAAGAGAAGAAAGCCUUUCAAAUCUUAAGCUCCGAGUGGAUCAAAACAAGAUCAUUUCUGUCAGCAGUUUGAGAGGAAUUGCUCGCCUUGUAAUAUGUGCCGGCCCUGCAUCAUUCAUCGUAGAGUCUUUUAAAUCUAGUGAGCCAUUCACUGAGGACCUUCUGCAAAGAGGAGUGCUGGUGAUUCCUUUUGCUACAGAUGGGAAUUCACUUAGUCUUGACUGUGACAGUGAAGACAUGAAAGAGAUAACCACAAAAAGAAAGAGGCUUGGCAAGUUAACCCCUGUUUAUGUGUCUGAGUGGUCCGAGUGGUUGGAUGAACAAAAGAAAUUGGCUGGUGUAUCCCCUGAAUCUCCUGUUUAUUUAUCCCUGCGCUUGGAUGGUCGUGUGCGCGGAAGUGGCGUUGGUUAUCCUCCUUGGAAUGCUUUUGUCGCUCAGUUGCCACCUGUAAAGGGGCUAUGGUCAGGUCUUCUUGAUGGAAUGGAUGGAAGAGUUCUUUGAAGGAAGGUUGGUUUACCUUCUAUAUGUUUAAAGUUUAUAGGUUUUCUCAUUUUAAGUUCAAAUUACUUUGCUUGCAGUGACAGUUGCGAUCAACUAUGUUACUUUAUUCUUUAAUUAACAUAUAUCGUUGUUGUUUCUA